GGAUUCCCCCGCGAGGGGGCUGGGAAGGAGUGGCCGCCCAAGUGCGCAGGCGCGAAGGUGGACCCGUGUGCAGGCGAAGCGAAGGCAAGCAGGCAGGUUGCACGGUGCUACGAUGAAGGAUUCCUUGACUGUCUUGUCUCGCAUCCCGGCGCACCCAGAUUCCCGAUGCUGGUUUCUAGCUUGGAAUCGUACUGGGACGCUUCUGGCUUCCUGUGGCGGGGACCGGAGCAUCCGCAUAUGGGGGAAAGAAGGGGAAGCCUGGGCGUGCAAGUCUGUGCUGGGUGAGGGGCACCAGAGGACUAUCCGCAAGGUGGCCUGGUCCCCUUGUGGAAACUACCUGGCUUCGGCCAGUUUCGAUGCCACCACCUGCAUCUGGAAGAAGAAUCAAGAAGAUUUCGAGUGUGUUGCCACUCUGGAGGGCCACGAGAACGAGGUGAAGUCUGUCGCCUGGGCCCCUUCUGGGAACCUCCUGGCCACCUGCAGCCGAGACAAGAGCGUCUGGGUUUGGGAAGUAGACGAAGAGGACGAGUACGAGUGCAUGAGCGUCUUGAAUUCCCACACACAAGACGUCAAGCAUGUGGUCUGGCAUCCCAAUCAGGAGCUGCUGGCCUCCGCCAGUUAUGACGACACCGUGAAGCUGUACCGGGAGGAGGAGGACGACUGGGUUUGCUUCUCCACCCUGGAGGGCCACGAGUCGACGGUGUGGAGCCUGGCUUUCGACCAGAGCGGGGAGCGCCUGGCCUCCUGCAGCGACGACAAGACCGUGCGCAUUUGGCGCCAGUACAAGCCCGGCAAUGAGCAAGGUGUGGUCUGCAGUGGCACAGACCCUACCUGGAAAUGCAUCUGCACUCUUUCGGGCUCCCACACGAGGACCAUCUACGAUGUGGCAUGGUGCCACCUGACGGGAGCUUUAGCAACUGCCUGCGGCGAUGACGCCAUCCGCGUUUUUGAGGAGGACCCCCACUCGGAUCCCCACCAGCCCAUCUUCAGCCUGACAGCCCACGUGGCCCGGGCCCACUCCCAGGACGUGAACUGCGUCGCCUGGAACCCCAAGGAGCCUGGCCUGAUGGCUUCGUGCAGCGAUGACGGAGAGAUGGCCUUCUGGAAGUACCAGCGGCCCGAGGUUUGCUGACACACUCGGCCUAUAAAGUACUAGCACUGGAACAGUGGCGCCCACCCGGAGGGGGUGGGUGGGCGUGCGCUGGGUUGCACCCCUUCCAGAGAAGCCAAUGAAUAGGUGGAAGACAUGCUUGCUGUGCAAACCUUGUCCACAUGUCCAGAUUUAAUAUCUCGGGGGAAAAGAUGCUGGCUCUCGUUAAGCAGGGGAAGCUGGUUCUUCCGUAAAGAUUCAUCAUCAUACUCAGCACCCCACACUACGCAUGCCAGUGGGAUAAUUCUUGUCUUUCUCUGGGUAAAGAAAACACUUCACCUGUGGAAACUUGUGUUUAUGUGACCGGGAGAAUGAAGAGACAAGCCGUACCGCUCGUGCUUUUGACUUUCAAGAUGUAGGCAGGCGUGGGCCCGGCGGGCAGUUGCUGGUUUGCAAUAUUAUAUGUAAAACCAUAAAAAAUGUUGGAUGUUC